AUGCUUCCACACUUGCUUAUUCUACUCCUCCUACCCAUCGUGGUGACUCCAGCGGCCGUGAUUGUAUGGUACCGUGAGUAGAUCCCGAGACAUUUUCCGGAUAGCCACUGCAUGGUCAUAGACAACUGACCUGGACCCGAUCCCUUCAACAGCCGUUUUGGCGGCCGGGGGUCUGAACCCUGCCACGCAGCUGGUGGAGAUGCAAUCGCUUUGGAAUGGAGCCUGCACAAAUCUUUCAGGAGCAGGCGAGCUGAAGAACGAUGGCUCAGGCUACUUCGUAUGCCGUUGCACAGGACCGUGAGUUUGGCCCCAGGCUUCAUUCGAAUCCACGCACAAAUCCACUGAAGCCGCCGAGACUCUUUGACGAUAGUCCUGGGGACGACCGUGCCAUUAGUGCCAAGGCCCAACUCGACUAUAACGGUCACAAGGGCUGGAGACUGGGAAACCCUCUCUGA